AAGCGGACAAACAAUAAGAAGCAGCCUCAAGAAGCGGAAGGGCGACCAACCCUCAUGCCAGCACACGCUUCGCUCCGUCCCGCUCUGCCCGACACGAAAUGCCAGCACAGGGGCCCAGCCAGCACACACGAGAUCCCUGGAUCAUGGGGGUUGUUUCUGGCCAGCUAUAAAAGCCAGGGCCAGGGCCGGCAGACAGCACACAACGUCUUCAGCCGUCGGAGCAGCCACAGCUCAAAAGAACAAACAUUACAACGAAGGAACAUAUCCAAAAAUGUCGUCGUCACAAAUAUCGGAAAUGUCCAAGACCUAUCAGUACCGCAAGGUGAUGAAGCCUAUGCUGGAGAGGAAGCGUCGGGCACGCAUCAACAAGUGCCUGGACGAGCUGAAGGAUCUGAUGGUGGCCACGCUGGAGUCGGAGGGCGAGCACGUCACUCGCCUGGAAAAAGCCGACAUUCUCGAGCUAACAGUCACCCACCUCCAAAAGAUGAAGGAGAAGCGCCAGCACAAGCGCGCCACCGGCGACGAGAGCCUCAGUCCGGCCGAGGGAUUCCGCUCCGGCUACAUCCAUGCCGUCAACGAGGUCUCCCGCUCCCUGUCCCAUCUGCCCGGCAUGAAUGUCAGCCUGGGCACCCAACUGAUGACACAUCUGGGACAGCGCCUCAAUCAGCUGCAGCCCGCCGUCAAGGAGGCUCUUCCCAUCACCGCUCCACUCUCCGUGCACAUCGCCAGCCGGGACGCCUACUCCGUGCCCAUCUCGCCCGUCUCCAGCUUUGCCGGCAGCCCCAACUCCAGUCUCGCCAGCAGCGAGCGUCUGGGCAGUGCCUCCCUACUCACCACCUGCUCCUCCAUUGAUGUCACAAAAAUGGAACUGGAGGUCGACAGCGAGGAUGAGGAGAAUGUCUGGCGGCCCUGGUAGAGAGCACCUCCAGGAACACUGAAAGAGAGAGAGAAAGAAAAGAACGAUUUAGAAAGUAAAAGUCUUCCGAGUCAAUGGACCAACUCCAUUGACUCUCCACCACUUACUUUUAAGAACGCACACAAAGCUUUAGAUGGGACGCACAGUUCACGUGAUAAAUACUAUUAACAAAUAAUAAUAAAUUAUAUAGCUAA